UUAUAGUGGAGGCUGGCGAACCCCCUUAUCAGACAUCGGCUUGUUCUCCUGCAGGAACCCAAUGACGCUCUCAAAGUCUUUCUUGGUCGGCAGACCCUGGCCUCUCCGCCCUCCCUCGCCCUGGUUGUGGAAGUGGCAAGCAGAAGAGGCUGCCGAAAUGACUCGCGGCGCAUCGAGGCGGCUGGGGUAAGGGGGCUCUGCGCCGAAAUGGAGAAACAUACCUCCAAGCAAUAUAAAAUGUAGGCAGCCGUGAAGCCAACGCCUCGCCCCUCUCCGAGAAUGCCGCCAGUCUGAUGCAGACACACUCGAGACACAAGCAAAUACAGACGACGUGAAUGAAAGGCAACACGCAUUCGCAGAGUGAUGUCUGUUGUCUCGUCCUCUCACCGCAUUGGUGGAACGCCUUGUCACAUGACGAGCUGUCGUUGUGGCUGCAGGGCACCGGAAGGCCUGCAUUUAUACGGAUGGACACACAGACACCUAAAGGAGCCAGAUCGCGCAUGUGACGUGGAUUUAUCAGUCGCGGUGGUCGUUUCCUUGAGGGUGCCGCCGGGCCAUCCGCAGAUCAUGGCGCACUGUGGGAUGAGGCGGGUCGGCUUCUCCGUCUCGCAGCGACGGCAGGACCACUUCGGCUUGUUGUCCCGCCUGGCUGCCUCAAUGGCCUCCCCGUGGGUCUUUGCCGGGGGAACUGGUGAUUGAUGACACCACACAGAUACACACACACACACACACACCUGAAUGCACUCCCCCUUCAAUCAAUCAACCCACCCUCUCCCUCUCACCCACCUGCAGAAUUGUUGCUCCUCCUCUUCCUUCUCCUUCUGAGCCGUUGACCUUCGUCUCGCCAGACCCACCGGCAGCAGGCUUGUCGUGCCCACGGACACCCGCACCACUACCGGCUGCUGCUGCUGGGGCUGAUGAUGACGCCGCGGCCGCACCGUCAU